AGGAGCUGAAAAUUUUCCCAAUUGUCAAGUUACACAUAUUUGAGUUGGCAUGUCGCCUAUUCAUGAGCCUUCAAGACAUAAACCGAAUUUCCAAGCUUUCAAUCUAUUCAACAUUUUCUUGAAAGGAGUCAUAUCUAUAGCCCUAAACUUUCCUGGAAUUUACCAUGCAAAGAGAGCAACAAACACUAUCCGAAAAGAAGUUCUGUUUAUUGUGAAGCAGUGAAGAGAGGCUAUAGAACAAAAAUUAUCAGAUUCUCCUCCACAAGAUCUUCUGUCACAUUUACUUCUAUUUCCUGACGAGAACGGUAAAUUCAUGUCUGAACUGGAGGUAGUGGAUAACAUCCUGAUGAUGAUCUUUGCUGGCCACGACACCACCACUGUUACUAUAACAUUGGUGAUGAAGUAUCUUGCGGAGUUGCCUCAUGUUUAUGAGAACAUUUUACAAGAACAAAAGGAGAUUGCAUCAUCAAAAGGAGGAAUGGAAUACUUGAACUGGGAUGACAUACAGAAGAUGAAGUAUACGUGGGAUGUAGUGACUGAAGUUCUCAGGUUAACAUCACCAAUUGCUGGAAGUUUCAAAGAAGUGCUGGUGGAUUUUAACUACGAAGGUUAUAGCAUUCCAAAAGGAUGGAAGGGGCUACGUGAUCAAAGAGAUGGAUUUAUAUGGUGGGAUUUUAAGAGGGUAGAUUCUGAAGUGCAAAAUCAAAGGCAUAGUUUUGAAAUUACAGACUUCUUGUGUAAUCCAAAUCUUGUGUUCAAAUUGAAUAGCAUGAAGUGA